AGAACCCGAGUCGUGAUCCACUAGAAACCGUGGGCGGACGGUCCCUCUGACUUACCCGUGUUUGUAUACGCUUUCUGGGCCAAUAUAUGGACUGACUGUCUGUUUUUAUGGGUAAUAUUUUUGGUUUUCUUUGUGGCUGUGCGUAAAAACCGGGCUUCGAAAGAUUUGACGUGUUUCUAACCUGCUUUUCGCCAAAAACAAACGGACUAUCGUUUUCCAGGCGGAGCUAAAGCUAACAACAGCGCAGUGUUACGGGAGGAGGUGGAUUACUCUUUCUUUCCUCGGUUAAAAAAAAAAGAAAAAAAUCAUAAAAAACCGAUCAAAACGAUGUCCUGAGACUGUGACAGGAAGACAGUUUGUGAGAAAGACAUCUGUAUGAACAAUCGUAGUCGAUUUAUUGUUUACGAGUAGAGUAGUAGUAACACUACGUGAAGCUAGUAGGUUAGCUACAACCAUCAAGGAAGUUAACUAGCCACCGAGCUGCUAAACACGGCAUUACACCGGGACAAAGGGUCCUCUUAAAUCUCAGAGUGAUGAACAGGGUUAUACAUUAACACAGCACUUAAACAAGAAAUAUAAACACUUUCCUGCGACCUUUAAUCAGAGCGGAGCUAGCGUGUUUUGCUUUAGCGCCGUAGCCUCGGCUUACUGUAAACAAAGGGUGUCUUUCGUUGCCCUGUUUUUAUGGACAUCCCUGGAGGUUUUCUUUAAACGUGGGGACGAGUCUCAGAGAUGGAUUUAAAGACCGCAGUGUUCAAUGCGGCCAGAGACGGAAAGCUACGGCUGCUCCAGAAACUCUUAGAAAACAAGGAUGGACACGAAGUCACCAAACUCAUGGGCGAGAAAACCAACGGGGCGACUCCGCUUCUGAUGGCGGCUCGAUACGGGCACUUGGAUCUUGUGGAGUACCUGCUUGAGUGCUGCUGUGCCCCGGUGGAGGUCGGAGGUUCCGUAAACUUUGACGGGGAAACUAUUGAGGGAGCGCCGCCUCUGUGGGCCGCCUCCGCCGCUGGACACCUCAAGGUGGUCCAGUCUCUGUUGGGGCACGGAGCUUCGGUCAAUAGCACCACCCUCACAAACUCUACCCCGCUGAGGGCAGCCUGCUUCGACGGACACCUGGACAUAGUGAAGUACCUGGUGGAGCAUAAAGCUGACCUAGAGGUGGCCAACAGACAUGGGCACACGUGUCUGAUGAUCUCCUGUUACAAGGGACACAAAGAGAUCGCUCAGUACCUGUUGGAGAAGGGCGCAGACGUGAACCGGAAAAGUGUCAAAGGAAACACGGCGCUCCAUGACUGUGCCGAGUCGGGCAGUCUGGAGAUCAUGAGGAUGCUGCUGCGUUUUGGAGCGUCGAUGGAGCAGGACGGAUACGGGAUGACGCCUCUUCUGUCUGCGAGCGUCACGGGACACACGAACAUCGUUGACUACUUGACCACGCAUCAACAGACCAGUCAUAAGGAACGAAUAGAUGCCCUUGAGCUCCUUGGUGCCACUUUUGUGGACAAAAAGAGAGAUUUACUUGGGGCGUUAAAAUACUGGAAAAGAGCCAUGGACCUCCGAUACAUGGACAGCAACAAUGUGGUCCACAAGCCUGACCCAAAGCAGCUCAUCAUGGCCUACGAUUACGCCAGAGAGGUAACAAACGGAGAGGAGCUGGACGGGCUCAUAUCUGACCCGGAUGAGAUGAGGAUGCAGGCUCUGCUCAUCCGAGAGAGAAUCCUGGGGCCACAACAUCCAGACACGUCCUAUUACAUCCGAUACAGAGGAGCCGUGUACGCAGACUCUGGGAACUUUGAACGCUGCAUAAACCUGUGGAAAUAUGCUCUGGACAUGCAACAAACCAACUUGGACCCUCUCAGCCCAAUGACAGCUUCUAGUUUACUAUCUUUCGCGGAGCUUUUUUCGUUCAUGCUUCAGGAUAGGGCCAAGGGGUUGCUGGGGACAUCUGUGUCUUUUGAGGACCUAAUGGGGAUUUUGUCAAAAAGUGUGCUGGAGAUCGAGAGAGCGGUGAAGCAGACUGGACCGGUGCCUUCUGAGCCCGCCCAGCUCACCAAAGCCCUGUCAAUCAUACUGCACCUCAUCUGCCUCUUGGAGAAAGUGCCGUGUAGCCCUGAGCAAGACCACUACAAGAAGGAGACCAUUUACAGGUUCCUGAAGCUCCAGCCGUGUGGUAAAAAUGGCUACAGCCCGCUUCAUCUCGCCGUCGACCGAAACACGACCUGCGUUGGGCGGUAUCCCGUUUGCAAAUUCCCCUCCCUCACUGUGGCCUCCAUCCUCCUGGAGUGUGGAGCAGACGUCAACAGCAGAGACGAGGACGAUAACAGCCCGCUCCACAUCGCUGCCUCCAAUGGCCACCCAGACAUCAUGAACCUGCUCAUCUCCAGCGGCACCCACUUCGACAGUACCAACUCCUUCCAGCAGACUGCGCUAGACCUGCUGGACGAAAAGGAACUGGCGAGGAACGUGAUCCAACCCAUCAACCACACCACUCUGGCAUGCCUCGCCGCUCGGGUCAUAGUUAAGCACAAUCUCCACUAUAAGGGUAACAUCCCGGAAAAACUGGAGACAUUUGUGUUACUACAUAGAUAAUACUUGGGACGAAUCAAAUUAAAACUCUAGGUAUUAAGAAGAACACGCAAAAGGAGUAUAUAUAUGAUGCAGUGAAGAUGUUUUUCAACCAGAAUGGAUUACAAAAGUUAGUUCUUCUUAAUAGUUUUAAAAGUCUGCGAAAUGGACAGCAGCAGUCUGGACGAACCAAGAAACAACAGGUUUACAUAUUUUUGGUCUAGAAAUUAUUUUUUGCAUAUUCCACAUUGCUAUUUAUUAUGAAACUUGAGAGAUCUUCUCCAUGCAAGCCCCCAAACCCAGCUUUUGCCUGUGUCUCUCUCUAUAACAAAGACUUUUCUAGCAACGUUGGGAUUCAGGUUGAUUUUGUUUUUCUUUUUCACAUCAUCCCAUCACUGUUGCCAACAGUUAUGGAUCUGUUCUUCAAAAUCACCCAGUUUCUACUUUCUCAGAACGAUUGGUUUCAUCAAUCAUCAAUGCAAUCAGAAUAUAUGCCAAGGGAUCGAGGGGGUACACUGUAAAAUAUUAAUAUCUAGAUGAGGUUUAAAUGGCUCUGAAAUGUCUUGAUUUGAGUAGUUUUGACUUGUUUAGAUGCAUUUAUUUCUGCCAUUUACUCUCAAAUUCAAUCUAAUGAAAAUCUGACUUUAAAUGGUGUGUAAAAUUUUUCAUUUUAAUUAGAAAUGGUGAUUCAAAGCAAAUUAUUUAAGUUUCAAAAUGAGCUACUUAAAAAUAUACUUUCAACUAACAUCAAAUAUUUAAUAACGUAAUAUAAUGAGUCAACAUUUAGUUAUUCGGCCCCUUUCAAGGUAUUUCUGAUGACAUACUUUUUCCAAACCAUUUAUCUGCCUGGGGUAAUACGUUUGCACACACAAUGUGCAAAUUCUUACCCCAUUUAGGCAUUUAUUUACGCUUUCUCUUGAAACCAGUUUAACAAUGCCAUAGAAUUAGUAUAAACUAGUAAUAAAGUAAUAAAUGAAUAUAAAUUAGUCAAAAGGUGUUGAAUGUUGCGUUCUUUUUCAGUUUAAGUUUCUUCCAAUGGGGCAAAAACAUUGAACUUGCAAUAAGCAAUGUGUUAGUCUAUUUAGUCACAUCUCUUAUGAAACCAGCUAAAGUUUUCAAGGAAUUAGUAUAACAACUUAAGUAAAUCUAAACUAGUAAAACUAAUUAAAUCAAGAUACUAAUCUCAAGUCAUUUUAAGAAACUCCUUUUUCUGUAGAUGUAAUAUUUUGCUGUGUGUGUGCGUUUCGUUGCCGUUUCAUUUGUACCUAACAAAGCUUUAUGUGAAGGGUUAAUGUCUGCAAACACCGUAAGUGCUUUAUCCUUCUAUGCACAGGCUAUGCUGUUUGAAAGACUGUUGUACUCGGCACUUCGUCUGUGCAAUUUUCAUUUUUGUGUUUACCUCAUCAACAACAACAUCAACGCUGCCGAUUUUUCUCUCAAUUUAUCAUCAUAAGAACUGUUUAUACGCUGUACCACUAUGAUAUCAGCAUGAGUUAAAAAUGACUUGAAUUCAGAAUGUUCAGUUUUGUGUUUUGGCCAACUUUCAACUCCGUUUAAUUUAUGUUAAUCCAAUACCAGCCUUAUUCAGAAAGCACUUUAAAAGCUUUUGAACAGUAUCACACAGCAGUUAAUUUAGGUUUUUAAGUUGCUUACUUAAAAUGUCUGUGUAACAUAAUCUUUAAAUGGAAAAUGGUGGCAUAAGAUGUGUAUUUAAGGUUGACGUGGUUGUGCGUAAGCCCCCCCCCUUUUGAUUAAGUGCAAUUGUCGUACUCCACUAACAGGCUUGACUUAAAUUAGAAUAUUGCAUUGAAACCAGUCCAAAAUGCCUUAAAACAAUACUUAAAUCUAGUCCGAUCUACUCAAAUUUCUGAAUUCAAGCUGUUUUAAAACUAGCAGACAUCAUUUGUUGCAGUGUUCUGAAUGAGUCUGUGUGAAUGCUAAAUGUUAAAAGUGCCACAGCGACUGAGUUUGUUGAAUGCAAUGUUUUGAAUUUGAGGUUUGGGGUAAAAAAUAAAAUAAAAUUCAAGUGAUGCUCCAUUGAGAUCCCAGAAUGCACACCUAACUGUUAUGAUACGCAAGUGACCUCUCGAAAGUCAACCUUUUUUUAAUGCCAUUUUUGUUUUAUUUUGAUCAAAGCAUUGGCUCCGAGAGGUUACGAAAUACUUUGCAUAUUUGCCUUUCAUUUAUAAUAAGAACAACUUCUACUACUACAGACUUACAGCUGUCGGCAUAUCUGCUUUAGUACAGUUUUCCUCUUCAAAAGGCUUUGUCAAUGAUUUUAUUUUGCACAUUAGCUUUAGACGUUUUGAGUUAUAAAAAAAGGGCUUUCCGUCAUUUUGUAGGUUUAAUCUUGCAAACUUGAUUUUGACAUAACUGUUCAGAGAAACCUAAUAGGAGCACUACCAGGGCAACUUGAUUUGAAUCUGCACUUUACUACAGCGGAGUUUGAGAUUUCAUAUGGCAUUAAUCAAGGUCAUGUCUUAAUAACCAGUUUGACAAUAAACCCAUGUUGCACUUGUUACAAAA